UGGGAGCCGCCGCGGUCCCCGUCAGCCCGCCCGCCGGUCCCUCCUGCGGCCCGCCUGCUGGGCAGGGCCGGCCAGGCCCGGACAUGGAGUCCUACGACAUCAUCGCCAACCAGCCCGUGGUCAUCGAUAACGGUUCGGGGGUGAUCAAGGCUGGCUUUGCUGGAGACCAGAUUCCUAAAUACUGUUUCCCAAACUAUGUGGGGCGGCCUAAGCACAUGCGGGUGAUGGCUGGAGCCCUGGAGGGUGACCUCUUCAUCGGACCAAAAGCAGAGGAGCACCGGGGGCUGUUGGCCAUCCGCUACCCCAUGGAGCACGGCGUGGUGCGGGACUGGAACGACAUGGAGCGCAUCUGGCAGUACGUGUACUCCAAGGACCAGCUGCAGACCUUCUCCGAGGAGCAUCCUGUCCUCCUCACAGAGGCCCCGCUGAACCCCAGUAAGAACCGGGAGAAGGCAGCGGAGGUGUUCUUUGAGACCUUCAACGUGCCGGCCCUGUUCAUCUCCAUGCAGGCCGUGCUCAGUCUGUACGCCACAGGACGCACGACGGGAGUGGUCUUGGACUCAGGGGACGGGGUCACUCACGCCGUGCCCAUCUAUGAGGGCUUCGCCAUGCCGCACUCCAUCAUGCGGGUGGACAUCGCCGGCCGGGACGUCUCCCGCUAUCUCCGACUGCUGCUCCGCAAGGAGGGAGCCGACUUCCACACCUCGGCUGAGUUUGAGGUUGUCCGGACCAUCAAAGAGCGAGCCUGCUACCUGUCCAUCAACCCACAGAAGGACGAGGCUCUGGAGACAGAGAAGGUGCAGUACACCUUGCCGGACGGCAGCACGCUCGACGUGGGACCUGCGCGGUUCCGGGCCCCCGAGCUGCUGUUCCAGCCAGACCUGGUGGGGGACGAGAGCGAGGGGCUCCACGAGGUGCUGGCCUUCGCCAUCCACAAGUCCGACCUGGACCUUCGCCGGACGCUGUUCGCCAACAUUGUGCUCUCGGGCGGCUCAACGCUUUUCAAAGGCUUCGGCGACCGAUUACUCAGUGAGGUGAAGAAGCUUGCCCCAAAGGACGUCAAGAUCAAGAUCUCAGCCCCUCAGGAACGGCUGUACUCCACGUGGAUCGGGGGCUCCAUCCUGGCCUCGCUGGACACAUUUAAGAAGAUGUGGGUAUCCAAAAAGGAGUAUGAAGAGGAUGGCUCCCGUGCUAUUCACCGCAAAACGUUCUAGCACCCUGGGAAGAUGGAGCAUGUGGGGAGAGUGGGAGGAAAGCGUGCCAGAGCCCUCAGCCCCUUUAGGCCGGGGCUCAUAUCUAGGCUUAGGGACCCCUGCAUGUCCAGGACCUGGGAAGGUGGUGCAGCUGUGCUCUGUGCAGCCCUCUCCUACACACACACACACACACACGCACGGUAAUGUUAGCUGCAUGGAUAGCAGUCUUCAUUGGAACAUAGGAAUUGGGGAGCCCAGCAUUGGGUUGGUCUGGGUGUCUCCCUUCACAGGGCCUGUUAAGCCUGAGGUUCCUUGUUCCAACUCUUGGGGUGCUUCCCUGAGCUCCAAGGCCAGACAGCCAAGCACUCCAUUUUCUCUGACACGCUCCCACCAGAGCCAGAGUGCCUGGACGCCUGGAGCAUGGGGUGGAGAAGCAGCCAGCAGCUCCAGCAGGUGCAGUGAGAUGCCACCCCCUCUUCCUGACCCAACAGGGCAACCCUAACCUUUUCACUCCAUCUUUCCUUCUUCCUGGGCAAAUGCCCUGGCACAGGGCAAGCACCAGGCAGUGCCAUCCGCAGUGAGAGAGUGUGCCAGGGUCAGCCCAUGGGAGCCCCAGGCAGCCCCAGCAGCGGGGCCUGUCGCACUGUCCUGUCAAAGCACUUCAUUGACGUGCUGCCCCCUGUCCUCUACCCCUCGUACCUGGGUGGGAACGGGUUCAUGGUCUUCAUUCUUUGAAGGGGAAGCCACUUAAUCCGGAGUCAGGUCCAAGGGGGAGGGGGCCAUUUCCUUCUGUCACCUCCUCAGGGAAGGAGGGCUUCACUUCCAUGUGGCCUGGACCCCACCUCCUGUUCCAGAUAAUGUACAAUAAUUUAUCACAGUUGCCUGAAAAAAAACACUUUUUUGUAAAUCAUUAUAGUGAGAAUUAUGGACAAGGCCCAUGUGUGGCUGUUUUCUUGUGGUUCUUUGUACUGUUGUUGGCUCAGCCGUCCCCGGGGACUGUGAGAGAAGGUGGUUGGCAGGGCCGCUGUCACCCAGGAGCAGAAUUCCCCAGCCUCGUUACCUGCUUGCUACAGUCCCCCAGGGACAGCCUUGGCCCUGGACAGAGCCUCUGCAGCCGCGUCCUCACCCAAUCUGAGUGAGUGCCUGUGCAUGCCCACUCUGUUGGGGCCAAGGUGAUGGAUACAGGCAGUGAUGUAGGUUCCGCGGUUCAGACAUGUCCUGAUGGGGUGGGGAAUGAGGGAGAGGAGCUGGAAUCUCCAGGAAGAGGCAAAGAGCAGAGGGAGCUGUGGGAAGUGAGGCUGGAGAAGGCCUAUGCAUUAUUAAGAAUCUGAGCACCUGCCAUGUGCCUGCAGGAUAUGUCACCCCAACGAGUGGCACAGGUUAGGGGAGCCAGGCAGAUGGACCAGUGCAGUACGGAGUUGUAGGAAGCAAGAGGUCAGGCAGGUGACCCACUUGGGGCAGGUGGACUGGCAAGGGCCUGGAAGGUUUUACCUUAAAGGUAAAGCUUAAGGCUCAAGGAGAUGCCUGGGGCCACUGGGGCAGAGACCCAGUUUAUAGCUGAGAUAAACCGAAAAGGUAGGUUGACCCAUGAGAGGAUUCUUAGUUGUGUCCCAGGUGACAGGCAGCCAGCCACAGUAGGCUGGUGACCAGGGCCAUGUGCUGAAGGCAGCUGAGGCUGGUGGAGGCUGAGGGAGGGUGCAGAAGCAGGGCGAGCAGGUAGGAGCGAGCCAGCACUGAAUCAGGCCUGGCUGUGUGCUCACUGUGCAGCCAAGCAGAGUGGACACGGACAGCUCUUCCUGCCGACUUCUCUUCCCCACCACCCAGGCCUGGAGCCCUGUCCCGUGCCUCCUGCCGGCUCCUUCCCUCACCCCUAUUGUGCCCAUUGCCACAUUUAUGGUUCUGUGCUGCCUUCCCACCUGCCCUUUCCUUUCUACUAUGGUCACUGCCACCCAGCUCUGUUUUCCCUCCCAACUAAUCCAUUUGCUCUCAAAUCUAAAGUUCAGAGAAUCUUACCACUUCCUGUUCCAAAAUGUCAGGCAGUUGUCCUCUGCCUGGUGGAAAAUAAUUGAUGAGAUGUUGGCAACGUCCUGUCCACGAUCCACACAUUAUUCACAACUGAUGCAGGCCCCAGGCCAUCUGUCCCUUCACCGGUCGUCAGGUGCUGCUUUGCUCACUGCCUACCCUCACACAGCAAUGACCUUCAAAAUCCCAAGGCAGCAUUCUCCCCACACCCUCUUCCUGCAGGGAUAAAUGGGUAAAGGGCUCAGGCCAGGUUCCUCUCUGUUAGAGCAGAAAAGCUGUGGAUGAGGAAGGGAAGUGCUGGAGGUGCUGGAUUGGAAUCAGGGGAGGUGUGAACUCAUGGCUGUAACGUAUGUGUAGACACUGAAACACGCACAUCUGUGUGAGUGCCAGGCUCAGGAACAGGCAUUUCCUGGCCCUGCUUGCUGGGAGGGCCUGGAAGCAGUGACACCCCCUCACAGCACAUAGCGUCCAGACCUUGGUUCUAAAAUCCCAUCCCUCAUUUCCCUGGGGCAGGAAAGCACAAGAUGAGUCUGGAAUACCAUGGUGCCACAAAGCAAGGCAGCACUAACAAAAGGGGGGCCGGGGAGUUGGGGGAGCCUGUCUAAAGGACACAGGAACCAACCUGAAGGAGGUCUGUAAUGGAUUGUAAGCCAUGGAUAACCUGUGAGUCCAUACCGAUGUGCAAGGAGGGACAGCAGAAUUCCAAUUCAUGUAGAAGGAGUCUUUGACCUAGUAACUUACCACUGGGCAAACACCACAGUAAUAAUGUUACAGUAAUAAUUUGUUAUAGUGAUAUACUGUAUAUUUUUCUAAAAAAUAAACUAGAAGAUUUUGAAUGUUUUCACCAUAAAGAAAUGGUAAAUGUUUGAGGAGAUAGGUAUGUUUACCCUGAUUGGAUAUUACACAAUGUAUACAUGUAUUGAAACAUCAUAUGGUAUCCCAUAAAUGUGUA